AGACCGGCCCAGCGACUCGCCCGGGCUGGCAGUGCAUAGACGCCACGGCUGCCCUGCACCCCGGGGGGCCAGGGAGCUUCAAAAGAAGAUCUGCACCCUCCAGAGUGAGCUGCUCACAUCAGAGACACCCCUGAGACCUCCUGUGCUCUGGGCACCGGCAACGUGGGACAGGCCCCCAGUGAGGGGUGCGCCAUGGACCCUUCAAAGCCUAAGCCUCUGGGUGUUGCUCCACUCGUCGCCUUUGGGCCCAUGGCCCGGCCACUGUGACCCUCAGGAGCUGAUGCCGGGCCCUCAAGGGGCCCCCAGAGCCCCCGUCAUGAGCCUGGGCAAGUUGUCACCAGUGAGCUGGGUGUCCAGCUCGCAAGGCAAACGGCGCCUCACAGCAGAUAUGAUCAGCCCCCCACUCGGUGACUUUCGCCACACCAUGCACGUGGGUCGUGGUGGGGACGUCUUUGGGGACACGUCCUUCCUCAGCAACCACGGGGGGCCAGACGGUGCCCACCGCGCACCCCGCAGCUUCUUGGUGCGCAAGCUGCAGCAGGUGCGACGGGCCGGGGUGCCACCCCGUCGGGGUCGAGUGGCCUCGCCCCCCACACCCUCACCCGCGCCACCUGCCGUGUCCCCCAUCAUCAAGAACGCCGUGUCCCUGCCGCAGCUCAACCAGGCGACCUACGACAGCUUCGUGGGGGCCCCACUGGCCUACGACUCCAGCCCCAGCGACUCCACCGACGGCCACUCGGGCUAUGGCCUGGACUCAGGCUUCUGCACCAUCUCGCGCCUCCCUCGCCAGGACCAAACCCGGGAGUCCUCCGAGCCCCCCACGCUGCGUCGCUCCGACUCACUCCAGUCCUUCCGCCUAGACCUCGACCUUGGCCCAUCUCUGCUCAGUGAGCUGCUGGGGGUCAUGAGCCUCUCCGGAGCCCCUGCUGCCGACACCCCUGCAUCCGACCCGGCCCCCGCCGCCUGCCCACCGACCCCAGCCACCAGGCCCGCCGCUCGAGGUCGCUGCCUCAAUGGGGUCAGCUCCGGGCCGGGGCCAGUGGCCCCUGGGGUCAGGGCCCAGGCCGGGGGUGGAGAAGGCCCAAAAGUUCCUGCUGAUGGAGGGGGUACCCCCGGCAGGCAUGGGGGAGCAGGCCGAGGACCAGCCCUGGAACUGGCCACUGCACGGGAGUCGGGAGCAGGCCCGGCCCGAGCUCCUGGGGGCUCCUGGGACAGCCUGAAUAGACAGUGGGGGUCACCUAGUAGAGAGAGCAGGCCCCUCGCCGUACCCCACACUGUGCAGGUCAGCUCCUUUGCAUUUGCCGAUGCUGACGAAGAAGAUGACGAGGUCAAGGUUUAGGGGCUGGGGCCUACAGAGCCUGGGGCCCUGGCCCCCACUCCACUGGACAAACCGGGGAGACCAGAAGUUUCUGGGCGGCCACAGAGGCCCUGCAGGGUGACCCGCCCCACUCAUUGCCUCUGUGGGGGCCCCACUCCUUGCCACCCCUCCUUGCUAUGGACCCAAGAGCACAGAACAGUCUUUGUGUUGGGACCUCACUGGGGGGGUGUUAGGGAGCAAACCACACUGCGCCUUUGUCUGUCUCCCAGCAGGGCCCCCACUGUGUGCCCCCCCCAGGCCCCAAUCUUCCCACCAGACCCCCAUACUGUUUUGAGAUCUCACAGGGUCCCCAGAGACUCCCUUCCUGUCUCUGAGGAGGAGCUGUGGCUAUGAAUUAAAAAAGGCUUUUUGAUUAAAAAAAAAAAA